CGGUGGAUCCAGUCCUCGAGGAUGGUGGCGGGAUCCUGGGCUUCUGCUGAGGGCGCCAUCCUCUUGACAAAGUCGAUCGAGAGAUCGUCUCUGUGGGCGGAUCCUGGAAGAAUUUACACUGGGGAAGCUGGGCGGCAGGUGAGGCCCUGGCAGGCAGGCGCUCGGUCGCUGGCGCACGGGGGCAGGGGGCCAGGCAGCAGACGACGCUCGAGAUGCCCGCUCCGGUUGCCGGCGAUGGGCCACGCUCGUACGGCGAGGUUCUGGCUGCAAAGGAAAAGCAAAGUAAAGCAAAGCUCUCGGCCUGGGAGGAAUUGAUGCCUUUCUGUCGUCGAGAUGCUGCGUCACUGCCCCAGCCGGGUGCGCAGCUGGUGGAGUGCAGAGGGGGAAAGGAAAGCGAUAGCGGCGCCGACGCAGUUAGAGCAGCCAGGCUCUUUGGGCUGCGGAUGGCCGCUAUGACGAGCAAAAGCGGCAAACCAGCAAGAGAAGGCUGUUAUCAGAAGCGAAGGCGAGGGCAGGUGGAUGGCUUGCGCGCGGGUGCAGAAGGUGGAACGGGCAACAAGAAAUGGUAUUCUUGUCGCCAAGGUGGUCGUCGCAGGAAGAGGUGCGGAACAAGUGACGCUGUGCCGGCCUCGGCUGGUGGCAGUUGACGCACGGCAAGGCAGAGAGCGGUGGCGGCCUGGAGUAGGUCCUGCUGGAGCCACUACCUACACUAAGUAACCUUGGACGUUCCACGCGGUUCCGUCGAUGGCCGGUGGCGGACGCUGUGGUCUCG